AUGGCUAAGGAUAGUUUGACUAAUCUACUCUCUCAAUUGAACAUUCAAUUGUCUCAAGAUGAGCAUCCGCAGGUGGAACAAACUUGCUUGAAAUUAUUGGACUCUGGCUGCGAAGAUCCAGCAGACGUAUUUAGACGUUGCUUGGUAGCCGUUAUCCAACAGGAUAAGUAUCAAAAAGCCUUACACUAUUUAAAGAAAUUCAAGCAUAUUGAUGAGAGAUUCGGGCGCAGAUUCGCAUUGGAAAAGUUGUACAUUUUUUAUAAAUUAAACAAGCCAGAUGAAUUCAACACGUUGUACAAGGAUGUAAUCACGGAUGACCUCGAUACUGUGUUCAAAAAAGACAUCGAGUCACUUAGAGGUAUCCUACAUGUGAGAGCUCAAUACUGUUACAAGAAUGGCUUAUACCAAGAAGCUUUUAAAAUAUACCAACAUUUAGCCAGUCAUAAUGGGAAAAAUCAAGACAGCAAAAUUGAGUUGGCUUGUAACGAAAGGGUCCCACUAUCUGUAGCAACAGAGUUAAUGAACAUGUCACCGUUAGUGACACCUACAGACGAAUCUUCCUACGAUUUAUUGUUCAAUGAAUCUUUUAUUAUGACAUCUCUAGGUAAAUAUAACGAGGCCAUUGAAUUGCUAGAAAAGGCUUUGCAAGAAGCCAUAAAUGAAGGCUAUCAGAACGAUAUCAAUACUAUCAAGUUACAGUUCUCCUUCGUAUUGCAAAUGAUGGGAAAAACUGCGAAGAGUAAAGAAAUACUGAAGAGCUUAUUGAAGGAAUUGAAGACUGAUUCUCCAUUUUAUUUAAUCUGUCAAAAUAACUUAAAUGCGUUUUCUGAUUUCUCCAAAUAUAAUACAAACUUCAACCUACUGCUUAGGGAGUUAAACGUAGAAAGACUAAACACUUUUAAUUUACAGUCUUUUACACAUGAGCAGUGGUCAAACAUCCAACGUAAUAUACUAUUUCUGCGUUUGUUCAGUAAUGUUAAAAUACACUCUGGAGAUUCUAUUUUAUCCAAAACAGCUCACAAGUACUCUAAAUUAGUGGAUAAUGUUACUUUGGAAAGUUAUAAGACGCAAGCCAAGAAGCUUUACCAUCACGCUACAAAAACCAUCUUAAGUGGGACAGAGGGUGGUACAAUUGGCAUUUUACUGUUGACCAUUCAGCUGCUAAUAACAGAAAAGGAAUGGGAAAAUGCGAUUAGAAUAAGUGAACUAUUCUUGAACGAAAGUUGGAAGUCAUCCUUUGAAAAAUUUAACGAUUCACAAGCUAUCGUAUGUUACAUUUUAUUUGAACUGUACAAGAUUAAGGGGAGAAACCAUUCCAAAGAUGUUUUAUUAAAAAAAUUAGGUUCUGUUAGAACUCAAUUGGGCGGGAAAAUCCAAGAGAAUAUACCAUUUUGGAGGCACGUUGGAUUUGAAUUGCUAUCCAUAGGCAAUGCCAAAGAAUCGAAGGCUUUACUCAGGGUACUCUCAAGCUUCAUUAAAGGUAACGGAGAUGAACUGGUCGACCGAAUUGUUUCGUCGAAUCCUUUAGAUAUAGCACAAGGUAUAGAUUUGGUAAGAGAUAUUGAUGUUGAUGAACUCAUUAAACUUGGUGUGAAACCUUUAGAAUCAUCUGCAAAGAGAAAUAAGAAUAAUGCGGUCAGCAAAGUCCAAAAGAGGAAAGCUUUAGAACUGAAGAACAAAAGAAAGAUUAAACGUGUGGAGAAAUUUUUACAAAGUCGUGAUGCGUCCAAAUUACCUGAUCCUGAAAGAUGGCUACCAUUAAGAGACAGGUCCACUUAUAGACCAAAGAAAAAACAACAGGGUGCGAAACAAACUCAAGGUGGUGCUAUGAACAAAAAAUCAGAACAAGCCCUUGACAUAUCAAAAAAGGGGAAGCCCGCUGCUAAUAAAAAGGUUAAGAACAAAAAGAAAGGCCGUAAAUAG